UGUGAGACGACAGCAGGCACAGGUUGCACUACGUGUAGUGACGUCACCCCGUGGCGACUUAUAACUGCGAGAGUCAAACGCGCGCGCUCACUCGUACUCAAGCGCAUGCGGUGCGCAAACCGCGUCUCCGAAACGCAAUUUUCAGAUACGCGAUAAUAUUGUUUUAAAAAAAAAAAAAUCGUCUAAUAUUUUCCGGUUGUGAUAUAAAUAAUAAUAAUAAAUAAACCACUGUGAAAAUGCCGAAGAAUAUAUUAGCCGAGAUGGGGUCCCAAGUGGGGCUGACUCCCGCCCGCCAAAAUAAAAAGGAGGCGGAAGAAUGGGUGAAAAGAAAUCAGACCGGACCAAUGAUCAACCCUUCCUUCGAACCGGACGAUUUUGUUCCACACAGCCUAUCACCGGUGAAGGAUGAAAAGAAGAAGCCUGGCGAUAAAAGCAUCUUCUUGGUCAACAUGAAGGAGAAGGACCUUCAAGAAGUAGAGGAAUACGAACCGUAUGACAACAGAGUCGUAGACCAUCCCACAACGAACACGGAGACCCUACUUCAUCUUCUGAAAGGCAGUUUAGGCACUGGUAUUCUGGCAAUGCCGCGUGCCUUCUCCCAUGCCGGAUAUGUUGUAGGCGGCAUAGGCACUGUGAUUAUCGGUGUGCUGUGUACUUACUGCAUCCACAUAUUACUGGAUUCUUGCUAUGCGCUGUGCAAGAGGCGGAAGGUGCCCUCCUUGACGUACACCGCUGCAGCAGAAGCGGCGCUGUCCGAGGGCCCGGACUGGUGCAAGGCAUGCGCUCCUUACGCUGCGCUCAUCGUGAACGUAUUUCUGCUGAUCUACCAGAUAGGCACGUGUUGCGUCUACGUUGUUUUCGUUUCUGAGAACAUCCAUUUCGUCUUGGUGAAGCGGUUCAACGUGGAAAUCACCGUCUUCCAAGUGAUGUUGUGUAUCCUGCUACCAUUGAUACUGAUCAAUUGGGUACGAGACCUGAAAUAUCUCGCUCCGUUCUCUGCUGUAGCCAAUGUGGUGACUAUUGUUGGAUUCGGUAUCAUCUUGUACUACAUAUUCAGAGAGACACCGACUUUAGAAGGCAAAGAACCUGUUGGUCGGCUCGCUGACUUCCCCCUGUUCUUCGGCACCGUUCUAUUCGCUCUGGAAGCCAUUGGAGUGAUUCUACCGUUGGAGAACGAAAUGAAAACACCGAAGUCAUUCGUCGGCAAGUUCGGAGUCUUGAAUCGAGCCAUGAUUAGCAUCAUCAUACUGUACGUCGGUAUGGGAUUGUUUGGAUAUCUGCGUUACGGGGAGGAGUCCAUGGGCAGCAUCACUUUGAACCUACCAUCUGAAACAGAAACUCUUGCAAGUGUCGUACAGUGUCUCCUUGCAUUCGCAAUCUUCAUAACUCACGGACUGGCUUGCUACGUCGCCAUUGACAUCCUCUGGAACGAAUACAUCGGUGUGCGACUACUGAACAGCAAGUUCCGUGUCGUAUGGGAAUAUAUUGUGAGGACUAUCAUCGUACUUAUCACUUUCGGCUUAGCUGCAGCGGUUCCGGAAUUGGAUCUGUUCAUUUCCCUGUUCGGUGCUCUGUGUCUGUCUGCUCUCGGACUAGCAUUCCCUGCCUUUAUACAAAGCUGCACGUACUGGUACUAUGUUUCACGCUCUGAACGCAUUCGUAUGAUCAUCAAGAACAUCAUCGUAGUAUUGUUCGGGGUUUUGGGCCUAAUCGUCGGCACAUGGACGUCACUGCAGAGCAUCAUCCAGAAGUUCUCAGGAACACACAAUCCAAUUAUCAACGGCACGCACUUUACAAUGUUAAAUGAAACAACGCUUCCUUGAUCGACAUCGGGAAUUUAGUGAGUAAUCAUCAGUGAUAACUCAUACAGGAUCACAUAUAAAAACUCAAUUUAUGUGUGAUCAUUAUGUGUGCCAUUUGGAGCGGUUCGGACCACACUAACAUACCGGUACACGCAAUAUCCAUAGAGUUAGCAAUGUUAUAUAAGAAAACAACCCUCGAAUAAGUUUUAAAGUAUUGUUACGUUUCUUCCAAGAUAUAUGAUAAUUCAUAGACGUAAAUUAAUUGUUGUCGACGACAAAUUUGUAUGAGUUGUAACGUCAGGUGACUAGAAUGGGCUUCAGAAAUGGAUGUAGUACAAAAGCUAACUGUAGAAUUGACAAAACUUUAAUAGUGUAGAAAGUUACGCCCCAUUAUAAUUAGACGCAUUUUAUGAGGGUCAUUAGAUGAAAAGCACUCAUCAGAUUAAUAAAUAACAUUUAUUUACUUAUUUACAAAUAAGAACAAAGUCUGCGAAACUUAGUUAUUGCAGAUUAAAUACAAGUAACAUAACUAAUUAUAUUUUAGUGUAAUGGAAUAUCCUAGAAAUAGUGAGAGUGAUGUCGAGUAGAGCGAGGCAUUUCCGUAAUUUUAAGAUAACUGCUAAGUACAAUGUGUAAUAAUAACAUAAAGUUUUUUUAUGAACCCAUAUCAUAUUAUGAUGAAAGAAAGAACAUGAGAUUAAAUCAUCAUUUUCGUUAAAACAACUUAGUCUUCGACUAUUGUAAAUGCGAUAUUCGCUGGUUCUUCGUUUCAUAAUAUUAUAAUAAUUUGUUAGUAUUACCUAAUAUGUAUAUCAUUGUAUUAACUAUUUUAGAUUAGUUUAAAUCUUUAGAUUUUAAGAUUCGUAUUGCAAUCAUUACCGACAAGGAACUAGGAGCAUUAGCUUUGUUCUUUCAGUAUUACGAGUACAAAAAAGGUUACAAAUAAACGUUUUGUCAAUAUUUUUUUUAUUUCAAUCAAGUAAAUACUUAAACUAUAAAAUAAACUCAAAAGCAAAACGUCGUAUGCGUAUUUAUAUUUAAAUUAUUUAUCGUUCUUAAUCGCCACCGGAAUACAAACUCUAAAUUCUUUUGAAUUGACAUAAUAUUUAGCUUUAAUAGGUUUUUUUUCUAAUUUUGCAUAAUUUUGUGUAUUCAUUUGUAUUUAUAAAAAUUAAAAACAAUAAUAUCGUCGUUGUCAAACCAAAAUCUGCUGUAAAAUAAUUUUUGCCCAAUUAAAAAUACUACAUUUUAAUUUUCCACAGUUUUUGAUUGUUGUAGAAACGCUUUUUCAUCUCCGUUAAAAUUUUAAUUCGGAAAGAAUGAAACACGAUACGGUUUUCCGGGGUAAAGAGUUGUUUGUAAUAAACAGUUGUGUAACAAACAUUUAAACACGCUAAAUUUAUAAUGUAUAUAUCCGCUUAGAUAAACACAUACAUAUGUAUUGAAACAAAAAGAUAUGAAAUUAGAUCCUAUAAUUUAAGAAAAUGUUUACUUUAUUCCGAACAAAAUUUGUAUUUUUUUAUAUUGUGAGUCUUCUUAUUUAUGUAAAAAAUUGAAAACAAAGAUGAGAUUCACAAUUGUUUUUUUUUAGUAAUCGAUACGGAACGUGCUGUUUUGCACCAAUGAGUUUUGCUUUAAAAUAAAUAAAUUGCUUUGUUUUGCAGCUGAGCUACGUGUGUACAUGUAAAAUCUAAUUUAUAUUUCAUACAAUGAAUAGCAAUACGGAAUCAUAAACUAUAGUAUCGUUGUAACUGUGAUGUUGGUAUAAUAUUUAUUAGUUUUGUUAUUUGGUUGGCUGUUAAGCUACUCGUAGAGAAGUCAGUGAUAUUGUGCUCAGAGCAAUCUAGGGUGAAAACCCUUUAAAUAUAUUAUAUAUUGUGAAAA